AUGAAUUCCCCUUAUUUCAUCAUCUUCCUAAUCUCCUGCUUGCCUCUGGUCACGGCGCAGCAGCCAUACAUCGGCACCCUACUCGAAGACUGCGACAACACAGCCAACAACAACUCCACCUCCGUCCUCGGCUACACCUGCAACGGCCUCCGCCGCAGCUGCCAAGCCUACCUCACCUUCCGCGCGCGGCCCCCCUACGACUCCCCGGCCGGCAUCUCCGCCCUCUUAUCCGCCAACGCCUCCGAGCUCGCCCGGCUCAACUCGGUCUCCGAGAACGCAGCCCUCGACGCCGAGCGCGUGGUGCUGGUGCCGGUGACAUGCUCGUGCUCCGGCCAGCUGUACCAGGCCAACGCCUCCUACACCGUCCAGUCCGGCGACACGUACCUCGUCAUCGCCAACGACACGUUCCAGGGCCUGUCGACGUGCCAAGCCCUCCAAGCCCAGAACGGCAUUCCGGCGAGGGAGUUGGCGAUCGGAGGGAGGCUGCGCGUCCCGUUGCGAUGCGCGUGCCCCACUCGAGCUCAGGCCGACGCCGGCGUCAACUACUUGUUGAGCUACGUGCUGCAGUUCAACCAGUUCGUCGAGACCGUAACCGAGGCGUUCGGAGUCGAUGCCGGAGCAACUCUUGCAGCCAAUAGCUUGUCGGAAAGCGACACCGUUUAUCCGUUCACCACUCUUCUGGUGCCGCUUCGGGACCCUCCCAAUGCCACGCAGGCUACGGCGCCUCAGCCUCCUCCGACUCCGGCCAACCCCACCGCGCCUCCCCCGGAUUCCGGUGGUGGCUCGUCGAGUAAAGCAUGGAUAUAUGCAGUGGUUGGCGGUGGUGCGGGGCUUCUCGUUUUGUUCGUUGCCGUGGCGGUUUUCCUCCGGAGGCGGAGGAGGCGGAGAGCGCAGCCGGUCGUGCCGUCGAAGAUGUCUCACUCCGAUGAAAAACCGUUGAAGAAGAAAGAGGGAGAUGGUGAUGACUCCGAGGAUUUUCUUGAGAGCAUUUCCAGCAUAGCACAUUCUCUUAAGGUUUACCCUUUCCAGCAGCUGAGAGAAGCAACACAGGAUUUCAGCCCAAGUUGUUGGAUCAAAGGCUCUGUGUAUCGAGGUACCUUCAAUGGAGAUUUUGCCGCCAUCAAGAAAAUGAGUGGAGAUGUCUCCAAAGAGAUCACCCUACUCAACAAGAUCAACCACUCCAACCUCAUCCGUCUCUCCGGUGUGUCCUUCAACGAGGGCAACUGGUAUCUCGUCUACGAGUAUGCCUCCAACGGGGCGCUCGUGGAUUGGAUCCACGGCAAGGGGGAGGAGCAAGGCAUUCUCAGCUGGGACAGGAGGCUGCAGAUUGCUCUUGAUGUGGCUGCUGGUCUCAACUACCUCCAUCGUUACACUUCGCCCCCGCACAUCCACAAGGAUCUCAACAGCAGCAACGUCCUCCUUGACGGCGAAUUCAGAGCCAAGAUCGCGAAUUUUGGUCUGUCGAGAGCUGCAGAGGGUCAGGAGGGCCAGUUUGCGUUGACGAGGCACAUAGUUGGGACGAAAGGGUACAUGGCGCCCGAGUAUUUGGAGAACGGAGUCAUCUCUCCUAAGCUUGAUGUUUACUCGUUCGGGGUUCUGCUGCUGGAGCUUCUCACCGGGAAGCAAGUCUCCGAGAUGUAUGAAGAGGUGGACAUGAGGUUACCGGAGAUCUUGGCCCCGGUGCUGUCUGAAGACGGGCAGGAGAAGAUAAGCAGCUUGAUGGAUCCUCUGCUGCUGGGAAAGUACCCUCCGGACCUUGCCCUCGUGCUGUUUAGAAUGAUCGAUGGUUGCCUCAAGAAAGAUCCGUCUGCUCGCCCAAGCAUGGACGACGUUUUCCAGUCCCUCUCAAGAGUUUCCGGUGAAUGGGCAGUGAGCAUAUCAGAGCCUGCUGCUGCUCCUAGAUAAGAUGAUUCAGCUACCAAUUUUUUUCCCUGCUUCUUAAUAAGCUAAAUGUAUGUGCAACAAAUUUCAUUUAUAUAGGAUCAAUGAGGAUAUCAACUACUCCAUAUAAA